AUGGAUUCACACGGCUCCCUCCGGUGCUGUCUUUGGCUGGAAAGCUGUCCUGAUGGGCCCGGAGAUGUCUACAGUGUUGGUUUGCAAUUAGAUACGCGUGGUGGGGGCGGGACAAACGCACACAAGCCUCAACCUGGCAGCGCAACCACAACACGAGGCGGCGAUCGACUAGUCGUCAGGGCUGGCCUCACCGCGGCGAUCACGCAGAGAAACAUGCUCAGACAGGUUUGUGUCAAGGCGCCCAUCACCUCUCCCAAUUGUUGCCGUGAGGACACCGCAACGAAGCGGCAAGCGAACAAACUCGCUUGCCACCCCCACCCCCCACUCCCGGCCGAACCGUGUUGUCACGCCUCUCCUCCCCCCGGGGUUUUGACAGGCGUUCCUCUGGGCUGCUCAACAGCCCCGCUCCUGCGAGGCUCCCCAUCCUCACGCACUCCACCUUCGAUUUUCGUCGCGUUGUCGGCUUUCCUUUUCCCCCUCAUUUCACAACCCCUCAUCCUACUUCUUUGGUUUUUGUCAUCGCAAAGUCGUUCCCCUCAGCGCAGUCGGUCAAACUGCCUUCUUCCCUCUGGCCGUCACCUAGCCAGUGUCCACGUGGAAGUGCAGCGAAUUUGGCUUGGCAAUGUCUUUAACUUCCGAACCGCGCCCAACUACCGUGGUACGCCUCUCUUUGCAAGGGGCAUUCUUUUCGACCUACCACGUGAUGUUCGCAAAAUCCACACCUUAACAACAUUCACAAAAAUCGGCAGUUGCAAGACAAUUGAAACGACCAAAAGAAUAGUUCUUCCACAAGUCCAAACACCACAGGGCUGGAAGGAUCCGCACGGCACAUUGCGAAGGCAGCGAAUUACAAGGCGGUCCUCACCAGGGGUGUCACCGAGUACGUGCAUAAUGCUCUUCGAACGUAAUUUUGAUACUCCACGACAUCCGAGGAAGCAAAGCGCCCCCUCCGAAUACAUCACUUCAAAUAUGCUGCCGCUCUGCUAG